AUGCCUUUCCUUUUAUCGAUUCACAAGGCGAAAGAAGAGGUUGGGAUACUCGAUCCUCAUCGGCACCAUAUUGGAUAUCGUAAAGGUGUCUUCCGGACAGUUCUCACCGUUUACAUGCCCGGUAGGGUUUCCGUGGCCGUUAUGGGACGAUUCAUCAACGGAAUCGGGCGAGAAAUUGUUCAGAUAUCUUUUCAUGAUCAACCGAAAGCGGACGCGAGGAAAGCGCUCAGCUUCUAUCAAAGUCCAGUCGAUGCGCGACAAACGAUCGAUGAGAUUUUAGAGGAAAUGAAAUUGGAAGACGUUGACAUCAGAUUCGAACACCCCGAAGAAGAAAAUAAACUGAGAGCCGAGUGUUUCCAGAUUUUCGAGGGAGACGGCUAUUUCUCGCGUCCACUGCUGAUCGCUUUGUUUGUGCAAUCGUUUGUUCAUUUAGAUGAUUGGCUAUGGAUCUCCUAUUCGACUCAGAUUUUCGAAAACGUCGGCCUCUCGGCGAAUCGAGCACAACGGGCUUCGUUGCUGAUGUCUUUGCCACAGGCAGUGAUUUCGAUAGCGCUUCUCGGAUGUUUCGACAAUUUUUCCCGAAGAGCUCUCUUGAUUUUGCCGACAAUUGGAAGUGUGUUGAUCGGGUUGAUGGCGAUUCUGUUCACAACGUUUGAAAAGGUGCUUCUUCGUGGCAUUCCGAUAGCCGUUGUUCUGCCCGUUUUAGCGGCUUUUGAUCUUUCGGCUGCUGCCAUCUCUGGAGAAAGCGCUUUUGCCAUCGUUCCCCGAGCUGUUUUACAAAAUGACAAGAUUCUUGGCACGGCUAUUGUUGGAAUUGCACAGGUU